AUGGAUGGUUUCAGCGGCGAUGAAACUGCUCCGUUCUUCGGGUUCCUGGGCGUGGCGGCGGCCCUCGUUUUCUCAUGCAGUGGCGUGGGUGUUGCCUCGAUGGGCGUGAUGAGGUCGGAGUUGGUGAUGAAAUCGAUUGUCCCGGUUGUGAUGGCGGCAGUGUUGGGCAUCUACGGGGAUCUUUUGAUAGCUGACCCUAAGGCGAAAUCGUAUUAUCUCUUCGACGGCUACACUCACCUCUCUUCUGUCCUCGCUUGCGGUCUCGCUGGUCUCUCUGCUGGCAUGGCCAUGGGCAUUGUUGGCGACGCCGGUGUUAGGUAUCCUAUUCUCAUUCUCUACUCUCUUAUCAAUCUCGAACUUAUGGAGAAACUCAUUUUUAUUGAAUGUGACAUGCUGAGAAUGGACACUGUUCUUUGUAAAGCAAAUGCUCAGCCACCAAAGCUUUUUGUUGGGAUGAUUCUGAUUCUCAUCUUUGUUGAGGCAUUGGCGUUCUAUGGUCUCAUUGUUGGCAUCAUCCUCUCCUAG